AUGUUGGCAAGCAUGCCUACACUAUCUACCAUGAAGGGUGCCGGCAAGUAUGCUUGCCAUAAAAGGAGUCGGUGUGCAUUGCCUAUCAUGAAGCAUGCUAACGAGCACUUCACAGUAGGUGACCAAUUCUUAAGAGAGAUGAAUGAGGAGGGAAGGUUGCACUUUAGAAUUCAAGCCCUUCAAUGGGCAGCUUUUUGCACUAUUUUGGAUACUAUUCUUUUACUCGAGUCAAAGUAA